AUGGCUCUGGACAGCAAGUGGAAGGAGCUGCUGUUGGGAACGCUGAAGGAGCUUGGGGAGGACGACUUCGAGGAAUUCAAGUUCUUUUCGGACCUGCCUCAAAGCGUACAAGAAAACCCCCGCCGGGUGAACAUUGCUAACGCGCUGGUGAAGAAGCACGGCGAGAAUACUCUGGAGGAGACCAUCAAAAUUCUGGAAAAGAUUGGUAACAAGAACUUGGCCGAGAAGUUGCGUGGCAACGUGCUGGAAAUAAAAGGCCCCGUCUUCUCCGUUCAUGAUGUUGAUGAUCAGAUUGCCAGAUUGAAGGCAGACCUGCAGGACAACCUGCGGAGUUUAUACAGCUUUGUUCCCGAGUGCAACACCGAGCCCUGGAAGCAGCAGCAGCCUCUGGCGGAGGUCUACACCGAGGUGGACAUCACCUACGGGGCCGACGUCACGCCCGACGAUCGGCACGAGGUCCUUCAGAUGGAAACGCGUGCCGCCGCCGCCAAGGGGUCUAUCCUGUCCUGCGACAUCUUCAAAAGCCCUGACGGGAAGCCGCGACCAAUACGCACGCUCCUCACCGUCGGCUUCGCGGGCAUCGGAAAAACCUUCCUCGUUCAAAAAUUUGUGUGUGACUGGGCCAGCGGGAAUGCCAACCAGGACGUGCACCUCAUAUUUCCCUUCACAUUCCGUGAGUUGAACACUGACAAAGGGAAAGGUUUUACGCUUGCUGAGCUUAUCCGUCGCUACGUCUGCGGGAGCAGACACAUCAGCGAGGAGACUCUGAACAUUAUAUUAGACGGCCUGCAGAAGUCCGGGAAACAGGACUAUGAAAGCAGCAGGAUCAAGAUCUUGUUUGUCUUGGACGGACUGGACGAGUGCAACUUUAAAAUGGACUUGAAAAAUCAGACGAAAGUGGACAUGGAUGUGAAAAAACUCUACCCGCUGGAGGUGCUCCUGGGGCACCUCAUCAAGAGGAACCUGCUUCCUUGCUCCCGGGUUUGGAUCACCACGCGGCCCGCGACGGCCCGCGACAUCCCGUCCGACCUCAUUGACAGCAGAACAGAGGUGAGAGGAUUCAGCGAUUCCAGGAGGCUGGAGUACUUCAGGAAAAAGUUCCCAAAUGAGGAGCGUGUCAUUGAGCACAUCCGAAAAACUCGCACCAUCUUCAUCAUGUGCCACCUGCCCAUCUUCUGCUGGCUCACCGCCACAGUUCUUCAGGAUCAUUUGGACAAAGGGAAGGAGGGAGAGCUUCCCACAACGCUGACAGACAUGUACUCGGAGCAUGUUUUUAACCAGCUGGACAAGUCCAAGGAGCGACAGACAACCGAGUCCGCCGAUUACGUGAAAGCGCUAGCAAAGCUGGCGUUUGACCACACCAUGAGUAAGCAACAGAUCUUUUACGAGGAGGACCUGGCGAAAAGCGGAUUUGAUUACAGCCAAGCCGCAAAACACUCCGGAAUAUUCACCGAGGUGUUUAAGGAGGUCCGUCCGCUCAGAAGAAACCAACAGGGCAAGAUGUUUCAGUUCGUCCAUCUGAGCAUCCAGGAGUAUUUGGCCGCAUUUCACGUGAUGAUAUGCCUCUUUCACGACAACAAGAACAUACUGGCUGAUUCAGAGCAGGCACUGGAGUGUGUCUUCCAAGAAGAAGAAAAAUCAGAAGAAACAGAAUCAGAAGAUGGAGAAAAAGAAUCUGAAGAAGAAACAGAAUCAGCCGAUGGAGAAAAAGAAUCUGAAGAAGAUACAGAAGAUGAAGGGGGUUGGAAAAUCACUGAGGUUCACCGAUCAGCUCUCCAGAAAGCCUCGGAGAGUGAAGGAAACUUGGACAUGUUCAUCCGCUUCCUCUUUGGCCUUUCCUUGGCAUGCAACCAGAAACUAGUGGGGGAACUGCUGAGAGCUCCUCAGGACUGCAGACGAAGCAAGUCAAAGACUGUCAAGUUGAUCAAGGAGCGGAUAAAACAAAACACUCCAGAGAAGAACAUCAACUUGUUCUACUGCUUAAACGAGCUGAAGGACGACUCUUUGCUGAAGCAGUUUCAGAAAAAAAAAAAUAGUUCAGUAAUUGUUGACUGGGACAAAAUGCCAAAUGACAUGUGGUCAGCCUUGGCCUUCUUUUUACUGACAGACGACGAAACCAUGGAGUCCUUUGACCUGUGGAAAUACACCACAUCGCCUUUGGGGCUCGAGAAGCUGUUGGUGGUGGUCAAGGCGUCUGAAAAAUCAAAUCUACAUGGUUGUAACCUGGACAAAGGCAGCUGUCACCUGCUGGCUUCCGUUCUCAGCUCUCCAUCCAACCUGAAGCAUCUGAAUCUGAGCUACAACAAUCUGUCUGACGAAGGGGUGGCGAUCCUCUCGAAAGGACUGGCCAGCCCAAACUGCAUCUUAGAGUCCCUCAUUUUAAGAAUGUGUGGCCUGGACAAAGACGGCUGUCACCCGCUGGCUUCCAUUCUCAGAUCUCCAGCCAACCUGAGGCAUCUGAAUCUGAGCUGGAACGCUCUGUCAGACAAAGGGGUGGAGAUCCUCUCAAAAGGACUGGCCAGCCCAAACUGCAAAUUGGAGUCCCUCACGCUGACACUUUGCAAGAUCACGGAUAAAGGAUGCGUUUUGUUGGCCGAGGCGCUCAAGUCAAACCCCUCCCAUCUUCAAAACCUAUUGCUGUGGGGUAAUCCAAUAGGUGAAGAAGGAAGGAGGGUCUUAUCGCACGUCCAAGAGGAUCCAAGCUAUCGCCUGCAGACUGUCGGUCCAAGUUCAGCUGGUCUCCAGCAGCUGCUCACUGUGUGUGCCAGGUACGGGGAGCUACACGAUAUAAAAUAUAAUGAUGCUAAGAGUGUCGUCAUGAUCGUAAGAUCAAAUGGGGAUAAACAGUUGGUCUUCCCUGACUUUAAGUUGGCUGGUCAAGAAUUAAAGUCCUGCAGUCAGGUGAAAUAUCUCGGCCAUAUGAUCACCGACACGCCGACAGACAAUGAGGACAUAUUUCGCCAGUGCCCCGUUAUGAUGCGGCCUGGCCAGCGACGGCGCGAGGUGGGCGAGCGCCUCGACCGGUUCCGUACCGCCGAUCCGUCCGGGGCAGCCGGCGGCGAACGGACCCAAGCCCGAGCGGGAAAGAGCGAUACCUCAUCCACGGUCACCUCCCUCACGCGUAUGUAA